UUCACGAUGUAAUUAGUUCGAAAGGUGUUCCGUGACGUUGUCUACGAGUUCUAAGAAUGGCCAAUAAUAUCCUUAGCAAUGGUCGGAUUCAGCAACAAACGACGGUUUCGCAACGGCUGAGAAGCGACAAAGGGAAGAAAGCGCCGGAAGUUCCAGCGAUAGAGAGCAACAAUUGGUUGCUGCAUCGUCAUUACACGCGGCAUGAGUACAAAACCUGUAAAAUUCUGAUCGACCAGGAAUUGUCGAGUUCGAAGGGGCACAAUGAAUACGCGAACUAUUUGAAAGGUUUGAUUCUCAGGCGAGAGGGCAAAGUGCAAGAUUCGUUGAACUGUUUUCAGGCAGCGUAUAACGUGAACUCGACGAACGUUAAUAACGUGAAGCAGAUUGCCAAGUCGCUUCUGAUAAUGGGCAGCCAUAAGCGUGCGAUCGACGCCUACUUGGAGGCCGAGAAGAUAUCCAAUGUACCUGAUUGGGAACUCUAUCUGAAUCUAGGCGAGUGUUACGCGAAGCUGAACCAAUUAUACGAGGCGAAGAGACAUCUGAAGAGAUCGAUCGAGCUAACGAAAGCCGAACUGCCGUACAUCGCUCUGGCGAGAAUCUAUCUCCUAGAAGAUCAAGUUACCGAGGCCCGGAACGCGUACACCGCAGCACUCAGCGUGAAUCCCGAGUGUGUCGAAGCCGCGACCGAAUUGGGGCUGCUCUACCUUAAAAUCGGGGACGUUCAACGGGCGUUUCAGCAAUUCGGAACCGCGCUUGCUCAUUCCCCGAAUUGCACCGAGGCGAUUCUGCCGAUUGCUUACGUGAUCCAGAAUCAUCAGGAGUACGAUGUGGCGUUGUCCAAGUACAAGCUCGCCGCCCAAUCGAUCCCGGAAUCUCACGCGUUGUGGAACAACGUCGGAAUGUGCUUUUACGGAAAACAGAAGUUCGUCGCUGCGAUUAGCUGUUUGAAGAGAGCUCACUAUCUGAACCCAUUGGCCUUCCUACCUGCUUAUAAUCUGGGGAUGGUUCUGUUAACCACUGGACAGCCGGCCUCAGCUGCUGUUUACCUGUGCGCCGCGAUCAGCGCUGAAUCGAAGAACCAUAUGCCGUAUCUCCUGCUGGGACUUGCCUUGAAACGGCUGGACGAUCCAGAGGGCGCGGAGAAGGUGUUGCAGAAGGCGCACGCCUUUUCGCCCCAGGAUCCCCUGAUACUGAUUAAUUACGCGAUCGUUUUGGACAUGCUGGGCAACGGGAACGGCGCCGCGGAAUUAUUAACGGCGCUAAACGACAUCGCAGCUGUGAUCGACGUCGACGAGCAGAUAACGCAGACGGCGAAGAAGCUGUCGACGAAACUCCAACAAGAGAAGCCGUCCGGCAACGAAGGGACGAGAAUCCUUCACGAGGACGAAGUUUGAAAUGUACUCUA